CACAACGAGCACAAAGUCCAUUGCUAUCAUCAUGAGGGCAUCCCCGGAAAAUUGUGCCCUGGAGUGGAGAGAUGGCCGUGCAGCGGAACUAGAAAAAGGUGUGCAUGUGUGCCGGGAACAUACCAGAGGUGGGACGCCUACUGCGUGCCGUACAGGGACUGCGUCUUCAGGACGCACAAGCCAGAUGAGUUGCUCAGUCUGAAUGAAGACCUCGUCAUGGUGGGCACAACGACUACAAUAUUCGACCAGAACACCUUCAGAUGCUUUGUGUCCUCGCUGGUGGAACCCGUUUAUUACAACUACCACCGCUACGUGAAGUAUCAAAGAUUGGUCAAUGGCAAGUGGGAGCACAGGCAGUUUGAUCUAAGGCUCUACGUAGAAUACCACGGAGAAAAACUCCUUGCCGAUGAAGAACAAGACGCACUGCCGUAUGGAAUUGACGGUUUUCCAGUUCUACACGCCGACCGAGACUGCCUCAUUCUGUCGAGGCUGCCACCACAAGGAAAAAAAACGCAAUGCACGUACUGGGUUCGCAAAAGUGCUGUCGGAAAUCGCAACUGGAAAUGUGACUUCAUAUUCGACGCCUUUUGCAGGUCACAAGCGAUUGUAGUGAAAGAUAUGGCCGCCUGUCAAUAAACGCACCAAAAUCGAUGUGUAAAGAAAAACAACAAUGCUGACCUCUUCAAAUCGUCCUGCUGUUUUCCCGUGCUAGAGGUUCCCUGCAGUAGCCGUAUUAGGUUGCAUUUAUUUUUCUUGUUAAGAACAUAAUAAAUUCUCGGCUCCAGAAUUUGUGCGAAGCA